GCCGCCGCGUACCAGGGCCGUGGGGUCCUCUCAUCUCAAGUUCUCUGCAACCCGGACGUCAUGCUGCUCGCGUUCGACUUCAACAAGCUCGCGAUAGCUCUCUUCGUCGAUCAGGGUCUGCGCGUCCGCAACGGCGUGGAUAUCCAGGACGCCUGCGGGAAAGACCGUGAUCGCGAGCCACUCGAGGCGAUCAAGCUCGCCGCCGGCGACGACAUUUCCGUCAUGGAGGAGAACGUCCUGGCAACCUUUGAGAGCUCGACGCUGGACUCGAAGCGCACGAACGCCUUCGCACUCCAAGCCUGGGUCGCCCAGUGUCUCCCGAACUAUCCCAGUAUGGAGGAUGUCUUCCAGGGUGCACAUGCGAUCAACACUGAAGCUAUGACGGAAAUGCAACUUGGCCUAUACGCACAGCUCGAACACGGCGAGAACCGCCUGGCCCACAAUGCCCCCACCGUCACUACACAUGAAUACCACGCCGUGGGCGCCCAUCACGGUACGGCUCACCUCAAGUCCGACCGUUUCCAGAACCGCAUCAGGAUGUCUGAAAGGACCCAGAAGGUCACCGUCCAUGACCCACAGACUGGACUCGACAUAACCAUCAACGCCAAAGUCAACGAGGUUGUCGGGCGCGACACCUUGCUCAAGACCAACAUAAACCUCGCUGGCAGGAAGAUCACCUCCAUUGUAACCCAGGGACGGGAUGGGCCAACUAAUGCCGACAGGGCGCGGGCGUCCACGAUGCUCGGUGCCUUGCAAGGCAAGCACAACCCCCUCAGCAACCCCUUCCUUCAGCAUAUGCUCCAGCCUUCCGAUGACUUCGCCUGGCCCGAGACCUUCCCUACCUCUGACACCAUCCCGCCCAUUGUCUCACUCCGCCCUCUCAAUGACUCCCAGCAGCUCGCUGUGGAGGCCAUGCUUUCCAACACCAAUGACACCCGUACAACUAUUAUCCAGGGUCCCCCUGGAACAGGCAAGACCACCGUCAUAGCAGCCUUCGUUACUUCAGCGGUUUCCGCUGGGGUGACUGGCAUAUGGCUGGUAGCGCAAUCCAAUAUUGCAGUCAAGAACAUCGCCGAGAAACUCGCCGAUGUCGGCUUCGACAACUGGAAGCUUCUAGUGUCCAAAGACUUUCAUGUCGGCUGGCAUGAGCACCUCUAUGAACGCAUCGUCAAGAACAUCAUCCCUUCGGGUGAAUUCAAGAGGGCACGUCGUCAGCCUCCACGGGUCCCUGUCUUUCUCUGCACCCUUUCCAUGCUCGCCCAUCCACACUUGCACAUCUUCACCAGUGUCAACCCAAUCAAGAUAGUUGUGGUUGAUGAGGCCAGUCAGAUCACCCUUGGCAGCUAUGUAGCACCCCUCCAGAACUUUCCCUCCAUUUAUAAAUUGUGCAUGAUUGGGGAUGACAAGCAAUUGCCUCCCUAUGGUGCAGAGGACUCUGAGUACAUGAAGAGUGUCUUUGAGAUUGAGCACCUGCGUCCUACAGCCCUUUUCCUCAGCAUCCAGUACCGCAUGCCUCCCUUGAUUGGAGAUGUCGUCUCUGAGGUUGUCUAUGACAGCCAGCUCCAGUCCAACCCUGAACACCCUGUGCCCUAUGAAACCCCUUCCUGCUGGUUUGUCCAUGUUGAUGAGUCUGAGGAGAAGAGACAGGAGACCAGCUGGCAUAAUCCUGCAGAGAGAGCUACAGCACUUAAAAUAGCUGAGAAGCUCCAGAGUGAGGGAAAGGAGUACUGCAUCAUCACCCCUUACGAUGCCCAGCGCAGCUUCCUUGAGGAGGAGAUGAAGGAGUCUGGCCUUGUCUGGCAGGACAAGUGCUUCAAUGUGGACUCCUUCCAAGGAAAUGAGAAAGACUUUGUCAUUGUGUCUUUGGUGCGCUCCAAGGGCCUUGGCUUCCUU